AUGGCGGACGCCCUAUGUGGCCCGUCGAACCCUCUACAAAACCUGCAGAAGCAUACACAAGUCGAUCGCACCCUUCAGCAGGACCGUUUAGUUGGUGCGCGACAACCGCUUGAUCAGAGUUUCCGCACUGCCGACCCUCGCGCAGGCUCACUCGAUGCCGACUUUCACGCUUUCGAAAAUGCCCUUCCAAAUCAAUUCCAGUUUCAGCAGCCUCAUGAUUUCGCCAACGCAUUUCCCAUGUAUCGACCUUCCAGCCAGCCGGCCAUGAACGGUUGGGCGUCUGAUUUCCAGAAACUGAGCAUUAACGAGCAGCCAGUUCCAGCACAGCAAUUCCGACAAGAAGCGCCUUUGGUUAGGUCUACCGUUGGAGGAUGGCACACUGAGUUCAUGCGGCAGCGGUCAAGCGCGAGUACACCGGUCUCUCAGGGAAAGCAAGCAGUGAGGGAGCCGCAGAUGAAUAAUAUGCCACCUUCGAUGAUGAUGAGCAAUUACUCACAACCAAUUUAUGGGCAGUACAAUGGGAUGUAUCAAGACAGCGGCUUUCGGCAGCAGCAACAACAUACCCCAGCAACAAUGGAGCAACAAGCCCCUCAAAUGUCCGAUGCUGAUUUUGAGGCCGCAUUUGCAGACGCCUUUGCCCACGCACAGGAAAUGGACCAGGCAAACCUGCAAGCCACCACCCAAGAAACACCUCUUCAACAAGAACAAACCGCAGUCGAACCGAUGGAAAACGUCAAGAUUGGAUCUGACGCAAUCCAAUACCGAGAGUGGAAAGACCGCACGGCUGAGCAAGACACACGAGACGCCGAUGAGCUCGCCCGGACCGCCGGCCAGCUCUUGACCUCUGUGCAGCACGACACGAGCACCAAGUUCCAGAACUCGAGCUUCCUAGAUCUGAUGCGCCGCAUCCGCGACCGAGAAGUCGAAGUGCAAAACAAUGACCUGACCAACGUCGCCACCGGCGAGGCUGCAACGACAAUCAGCAGCGAUCAUCUCAGAGAACCAAAUGGGCUCUUCGAACCAAUCUCCGACCCGAAAGCCACCAAUUCAACCUCCUCACACUUCGACUUCCCUGACAUGGACGGCGUCUACGCACCCUCUGCGGCCGACAUCGAAGAAACCGCCGGGCAACCACAACAACCAGCACUAUGGGCCACCGGCGCGCAGCACACGCACCCACCGUACACGACCUACGGCUUCGACGACGACCAGUACCCGGCGCAACAGGAAACACUCCAACCCUUGCACCCGGGUGGGAAAUACUACCCAGACCAGAGCCCGCGCCUUCAGCGUGCUGCUCCAGAGAUGAGCGGCGCCGUCCCGGUUACCAUGGGUGGUUCCCCCAGCGCCAUCAGCGCCAGCGACUUCGAGUACGUUGACGAGAGUGGCAACUUGGCUCGGCGCUUCAGCUGA